UCUUUUUUUCUCAUAAACUUGGAAUUAAGGAUAUUGCCUUUUUCCCCAAACAUUUUUUAUUUAACUUGGCAUAUGUAAUGUCUUAAAAGGCAUCUCUUCUUGAAAGUUUCUAAUUGACAUGCAUUACUAUGAAGGCAUUUGGAUAGGAUUAUUUCAAAGACAUAAUUUCUAUGUGAUUAGGGUUUUUUGUCUGUUUUAUCAAGAUUUUAAUUUCUAGCAGUGGGAUAAUUAUAUUAAUAAGUCCUUGGGAAAUUUGCGGUGCUUAGAGUCUGUUGAGUUGCUGAACAGAGCUGGGGGUCUUGCUGUAGCCAGUGAUCUCAGGACAUUUUAAAUGCUGCCACUGUUGUAGACCAAAACCAGUGUGCCUUAUAUCAGUGAAGGCUCUGAAGCCUUGGGCUAUGGCAGAACUUGGGGCCCUGAAGUACACAUGGAAGUCAGCCCACUGAACAUGGGGUUGACAAAAAGAGUACAGAAAUGAGAAUAUGUAUUUGGACUACUUCUGGUUCCAAAGUAGCAACAUAGAAAUAAGCUGACUUCACUCACUUCCACAGAAAACCAAAAACAAAUGUAUAGUACUGAGAGUAUCACCAGAAAUGUCCCAGAACUCAAACAUGAAGAGGAGACAAUUCUCGAGGCCAUGGAGAAAUGAAAAAGCUCCCAGCAGAUGAAAAAGCAUAAUUGAUAAGCUAUGAAAGGAGAGGAAAUGGAAUCAUAUAAAAUGCUCAAUUAACCACAAUGAGCAGAAGAACUGUGGAAGACAAAAAGAGGAGCAAAGAACAAGGAAAGCGGCCCGGGCCAAGGAUGGAUCCCAUUCACCCGGCGCCAUGUUUGCCUCAGGCAAAGUGGUCCCCAGGGCCAGGAGACCAAGGCUGGCCUAUGAUGUGUCAGGUGCUCAAGGAAUCCCAGAAGUGUACAAGACGGAGGAAUCUGCCAAAGGCGAGGGCCAUGGACUUCAUCACCUCCACAGCCAUCCUGCCCCUGCUGUUCGGCUGCCUGGGCGUCUUCGGCCUCUUCCAGCUGCUGCAGUGGGUGCGUGGGAAGGCCUACCUGCGGAAUGCUGUGGUGGUGAUCACAGGCGCCACCUCAGGGCUGGGCAAAGAAUGUGCAAAAGUCUUCUAUGCUGCUGGUGCUAAGCUGGUGCUCUGUGGCCGGAAUGGUGGGGCCCUCGAAGAGCUCAUCAGAGAACUCACCGCUUCUCAUGCCACCAAGGUGCAGACACACAAGCCUUACUUGGUGACCUUCGACCUCACAGACACUGGGGCCAUAGUUGCAGCAGCAGCUGAGAUCCUGCAGUGCUUUGGCUAUGUGGACAUACUUGUCAACAAUGCUGGGAUCAGCUACCGUGGUACCAUCAUGGACACCAUAGUGGAUGUGGACAAGAGGGUCAUGGAGACAAACUAUUUUGGCCCAGUUGCUCUAACGAAAGCACUCCUGCCCUCCAUGAUCAAGAGGAGGCAAGGCCACAUUGUCGCCAUCAGCAGCAUCCAGGGCAAGAUCAGCAUUCCUUUUCGAUCAGCAUACGCAGCCUCCAAGCACGCAACCCAGGCUUUCUUUGACUGUCUGCGUGCCGAGAUGGAACAGUAUGAAAUUGAGGUGACCGUCAUCAGCCCCGGCUACAUCCACACCAACCUCUCCGUCAAUGCCAUCACCGCGGAUGGAUCUAGGUAUGGAGUUAUGGACACCACCACAGCCCAGGGCCGAAGCCCUGUGGAGGUGGCCCACGAUGUUCUUGCUGCUGUGGGGAAGAAGAAGAAAGAUGUGAUCCUGGCUGACUUACUGCCUUCCUUGGCCAUUUAUCUUCGAACUCUGGCUCCUGGGCUCUUCUUCAGCCUCAUGGCCUCCAGGGCCAGAAAAGAGCGGAAAUCCAAGAACUCCUAGUACUCCGACCAGCCAGAGGCAGGGCAGAGAGGCAGCACUCUUACGCUUGGUUACUCUACAAGGGACAGUUGUAUUUGUUGAGACUGUAAUGGAGAUUUGUCUCACAAAUGGGAAAGACUGAAGAAACACAUCUCAUGCAGAUCUGCUGGCAGAGGAAGAGAACCAAAAACAGCAACCAGCUUCUUCCCGGGGUGAGGGGAAACACUUCAGGAAUAAACAUGGAGCUGGGGUUUAACCCUAAAAAUAAGAAAUAAACAUCUCAAACAGUAA